AUGGGGGAUGGACAGUGCGAGACAGAACGUGAGGAAGGGAAAGCUGUCCCAGAAGGGGUGACCACGGAGGAAGUGCCUACUCACCCCGGACAACUCCCCGACGAGAGGGUGGACGAAAUUCUGGAUCAAGAGAGCGACGAUGAAGGCGGCCAGGAGGGGGAGAUGCCUCGCGCCGUGAGUAGUCCCCCCCCUGAGGGAGACUACUUCUACAUCAACGACGCCAUCAAGCACAACUACCCCCUGGAGUACGAAGAGAACAAAAUUUACCCAAAGGUGUAUUGCUACGAACCAACCAACUUUGAGAAUUUUAAGAAAAAAAUAAAAAACAAAAAUGAACUCAGACAUUAUGAAUGCUACUCCUCCACCAUGAACGAAUUCUUUUACAAGUACAACGACAACUACUACGACGACAUUUUAAAGAAUGAAAGUUUUAAGAAGUUUGCCUUCGAGUUGUGGUCCAAGAGGAAGGAGAUCAAAAAUGAAACAGAGUACCACAAUUUGUGCAUACAAUUAAGGAAAAAAUAUAAAGUGUGUCCCUCCAAGCACCAGAUUAGUGUAGCCCUGCAACAUCAUUAUUUACAAGCGGCACGUAACUCCAAGGGGGAAAAGGAUUACCUAUCCUCCCAUGCCGAGGAGCCCCACAAUGUUGCCUCCACUUCACACACAUCCGACGUGUCGAACCAGUCCAACGCGGGUGCAGAUGCUACCACUGCCAACGAGGAGGAAGAAGGGAACACCACUAAUGGAAAAUUACAUGGUGAUGAAGUGGACUUUCUGCAGGGGGAGAUACUCUCCGGGGGGUUGGGUCUGCCAGAAUGGGGAGACGAACCCCCACAAGAGGAGGUAACAGGGGACGACCAGCAGGGGUGUGAAAAGAAUUCGACCAAUCCAGUCGCAACAGACGAGGAGGACAAAAUCGAGGUGAACAAAAAAGGAAAGGAUGUGAAGUUCGUCCUAGAAAAUGUUACUAACAUGAUUGUCACCACAGAAAUGAAAAAUUACAAAGACCUGGACAAGGAGAGUGUCCAUUUUUUACAAAUAAAUAAAAGAAAAGGUGUGAGAUCGAACAGCGGUGUGUUAGUUGUAACGAUCAUUACACACCCCCACAAAUUUAGUUGCAAGUAUGAUUGUCAUUACUGCCCAAAUGAACCCAACCAACCGAGAUCCUACCUCUCUACUGAGCCAGCAAUUCUAAGAGCCAACCAAAACAACUUUGAUGUGAUUUGUCAGUUUUUCAAUCGAACCACCACAUUAGUUAAUAAUGGACAUGUGGCAGACAAAAUUGAAGUCCUCGUACUUGGAGGCACUUGGAGUUGUUAUGAUGUGGAGUACCAAAGGGAGUUUAUAAGGGAUGUAUACUACGCAGCAAAUAUAUAUCCUCUUUUAAAAAAUAGAAGAAAAAAAUUUAGCUUAGAAAAAGAGCAAGAAAUUAAUGAAACAAGCAAUUGUCGUAUUAUUGGAUUAACGUUGGAGACAAGACCUGACCAGAUCAAUAAAGAGGAGCUCAUUCGAUUAAGAUCUUAUGGUUGCACCAGAGUACAAUUGGGUAUACAGCACACAGAUGAUUUUAUUUUAAAAAAGGUUAAUCGGCAGUGUACUCUGAAAGAUUGCAUUCGAGCUAUUUAUCUUCUUAAGGAAAAUGGAUUCAAAGUGGAUAUCCAUUUGAUGCCUGACUUGCCAUACUCAGAUGUGAAGAAAGACGUUGAAAUGUUUAAGUACGUCCUGAGUUCUACCGAUUUGCAAGCAGACCAAUGGAAAAUAUACCCCUGUGAAAUUACUCCCUUCACGAGAAUUGAAAAGUGGUACAAUAAUAACGAGUUUAAACCUUACUUUGAAGUGGAUAAAAAUUUACUCAUAUGCUUAAUCUUUCUGGUGAAAAAGGCCAUUCAUCCUUGGAUCCGCCUGAACAGAGUCAUACGGGAUAUACCCAACCCUUCAAUCAUAGCAGGAAAUAAUAUUACUAACAUGAGACAACUCAUCGCCAACGAAAUGAACAUUCGGUCCAUUUUUUGCCAAUGCAUUAGAUGUAAGGAAGUGAAGAAUCAGGAGAUUGAAAAGAACGAUGGCUCCAUUUUUUUACAAAUAUAUAAAUACCCAACUUUAGGGGGGGAGGAGUUUUUUCUCACCUUUCAGGGGGUGAAGAAGGCUCGAAAGGGAAUGCCCAAUGGGGCCAAAAGGAAGAAGAACAAGAAGGAGCAGCAGCAACAGCAGCAUCGUCAUGAGCAGCAUCAGUGCGGGGAGGGAAACGGAAAUAAUAAACGCAGCGGUGGGAACGCCAGCGGGAGGGGGGAGGGAGCCGAUGAAGAUUUUAUAGGACUCUGCUCCGUCAAUUUGUUCGCCGAGGGAGGCUACUCGGAUGGGCAUGCGGCCUCGCAAAGAGGAGGAGACAAUACCCAUGUGGAAGAGGUGAAGGAGGCGGCCGCUUCAAACAGGGCGGCCACUUCCAACCGGGCGGCCGCUUCAAACAGGGAGGCCGCUUCGCACCGCCUACCCGAACUGCAUACGCGAGACGACAACAACGAGCGGGCGCUGCUUGGCUUCCUGCGCCUGCGGCUGCGCAAUGAAAAUGACUACUGCGACGAUAGGCCAUUUAAGUGUCUCGAGGGCGCAGCCCUAAUCCGAGAACUCCACGUAUACGGCUCGUUAUUAAAGCAUGACGAUUUCAAAGAGGACCUGAACUUCGUUCAACAUAAGGGACUAGGAAAGUGUUUAGUGCUCGUUGCAGAAUUAAUUGCCUACCAUUAUGGUUUUAGAAAAAUGAGCAUAAUAGCAGGGGUAGGUACGAGGCAGUAUUAUAAAAAGCUGGGAUAUGAAAAGGAAGAAACGUACGUGACGAAGGAAUUGAACAGGGACUGUUUGUAUCAGCAGUACUUGCUACAUGAGGAUCGAAUUGGUAAACAAAUAAUUAUACACAAUUACAAUUUGAAGCAUUGCCUGUACUUGAUGCACAGGACCAUACCCACACCGUCUCGUUAUAAGAGAAGCGAAAUUGAGGAAGACAUGAAUACCUUUAUUAGUGAAAAUAUUCUCAACGUGGGAUCGGACGAGUACCUGCACUGUCAGCAGGAGUGCAGCGGAGUGUGUCUUAUAAAUGUGGAGCAACAUUUAUUCGCUCAAGGGAAGGACAAGCUGGCGAAAUGGAUGAAGCGGAUGGACGUUUCUGUGCGCGAUGUCCUUACCCAAUGGGCAGGAAGCAUUGCCCACUCAUACGGCACCAACAGCUGGGUCCGUAGCACCUAUUUUUUGUUCUUUUUUAGUACCACUAUGUUUGUUGGUGUUUCCCUUUGGGCACGCCGUGCGGUCGGGCGCCUCUGA